GAUCGUGCUGGUGGAGAGCAUCCCGGAGGGAAUGAGCGUCACCGGCCCCACCAACCCGUCCACCUUCCAGGCGUGGCUGGAGCUGCUGAGCUCGGCCACGCGCAGCGUGGACAUCGCCUCCUUCUACUGGACACUGACCAACGCCGACACGCGGACGCACGAGCCCAGCGCGGCGCAGGGCGAGCGCAUCCUGGCCGAGCUGCUGCGGCUGCCGCGGCGCGGCGUGGCCGUGCGCGUGGCGGUCAGCGCCCCCUCGGCCAAAGCCCCGCUGGACGAUCUGCGGGUGCUGGAGCGCGCCGGGGCGGCGGUGCGCGCCGUGGACAUGCCGCGCCUCACCGGCGGCGUGCUGCACACCAAGUUCUGGCUGGUGGACGGCGUCCAUCUCUACCUGGGCAGCGCCAACAUGGACUGGAGGGCCUUGACACAGGUGAAGGAGCUCGGUGCCGCCAUCUACAACUGCAGCUGCCUGGCCGAGGAUUUGGGUAAAAUCUUCGAGGCCUACUGGGCUCUGGGCGUGCCGGGCGCCGCCGUCCCGGCGCCGUGGCCGGACAAUUUCUCCACCGCCAUCAACGCCGACACCCCGCUGCAGCUGGAGCUCAACGGCAGUGCCGCCGCCGUCUUCUUCUCGAGCUCCCCACCGCCGCUCUGCGCCGCCGGCCGCACGCCGGACCUGUCGGCGCUGCUCGGGGCCAUCGACGGCGCCGAGCGCUGGCUGGACGUGGCGGUGAUGAGUUACCUGCCCGGCACCGAGUUCCGGCGGCCCGAGCGCUUCUGGCCGGCCAUCGACGAGCGGCUGCGCCGGGCGGUGUUCGAGCGCGGCGUGCGGCUCCGGCUGUUGGCCGGCUCCCCUCGGGGGUGUCACCCCGCGGUGACAACACCCCGACACCCGCAGCGCCUGUUGCUGGUGCCGGCGAGCGCGGCUCAGAGCCGGAUCCCCUUCGCCCGCGUCAGCCACAGCAAGUACAUGGUGACCGACACGGCGGCCUACGUGGGAACCUCCAACUGGUCGGGGGAUUACUUUGAGCGCACGGCGGGCUCGGCGCUGGUGGUGGCCCAGGCCGGGCCCGGAACGUUCCGGGAGCGGCUCCAGGAGGUUUUCCAGCGGGAUUGGAGCUCCGGCUACAGCGUGGACAUCGCGGACACCGAGAGCUGGGCCGGCCGCUGCGGGCCCCGCUAGGGCCGCGAGGGGUUUUGGGGGGAAAACGGAA